AUGCAGUGCAUUUUUGCAUUUCUCUUGAAUCCGCUGCAAAACUCGCUAUACCCGGAGCGUCUAGUUGUUGCGAGUGGCGACCCAACGAGUCUACACUAUGGCGUUUAUGAAAACAAUGAUCGUGGGAGUUUUCCGCAUGUUAGCUCUUCGGAUAUAUUCAUGACUCAGGCCAAAGUCACUAUUCCUGGCACAUAUGUGAGGUUAUUUUGCUCCUUCAAGUUGAAUAGUCAAGCUUUGGUGGAAAAGGUCGUCAAAGGGCUGGAAAAUAUCACGCACAACUCCCAUCGGAACUUUGGCACGACAAGCAUUAUGGAAGGCGAAUGUCUGAACUCUAUUACGAAAUAUGCUAAGCAUGGUCACUAUCCGAUUACUAAAUCAAACGUUCAGAAAAAAAGGGCCUGUACUGAUCUUGUCCUUGUCAAUUUGGCCUCUCGGGAUUUAAUAGAAAUAAGUAUUGAUCAAAGACCUUCUUAUGAGUCAGGAUCUAGAGUGCCGGUCCUUGUCAAAGCUGCUUCAGAAAUAUCAUUGAGAUUUGUAGUCCCGGGCGACCAUUUUUUCAAAGGAUAUGAUCUAGAUUUUGAAGAAGCUCUUGCUUGGUACCGAGGCAAUCUUCAUGUGUUGAGGCGAGAUGCAAUAGACCUACCGUGGUACUCCGUUACGAGUAUCAAACCUAGGCCCGAGAAUGGUGCGGUAAUCAUUGAUUUUUUGCUCAGAAAUAUCCAGCCCUUUAUUGCCAUGAAUGGCGACUUUGCGGUCGGUAUAAAGAAAUCCGAAACGACGGCUUUUGAACCUGCGGUGAAAGCUUUGAAUAAUCUCAAUCUAGACUCUUCGGAUUCUCUCUUGCGCGCUGCUUACUCCCAAAAGGAUAUCCUGCCACUUAUUGCCUCGUAUCCUACAGGCUUCAUGGGACAUGAUUUACUUCACAUCCUGGAAGCAAGAAGACCACCUCGCAAGAAGCAAAGAAUUAAUCAGCGCACAAAAUUCAACUUAUCCGUAGAAUUAGGUGUGGCUUAG